UCGCGGUUUCCACUGCUGCACUUCUCUUUUUUUUUAAAAGGUUAACCUGCACUAGAGCUCUGCUGCUGACUCAGACAUCAACACAACCCUGCAUGAAAUAUAUGUUAACUAAAUAUAAGCAACAUAUUGUUUAAAACAACAAUAAUUCAAAUGCCGCACGCAGGCGCAGUAGGCCUAUUGUCUGCGGACGCUCAAGUAAAUAAAUCAGGUCUUUUUCGUUUUAUUAAAAAAAAACGAGGCGUUAAUUAAACGUGAAAUAACCUGCCUCUCUAAAGCAGCGAGUCCCUGCUCGUCAUUAUUAAAAUCAAUUAUUAACACGCUACGCUGUUUUCUUAUUAAAUCCUCCGCUCUGGAGGCCGAGCACCUGAACGCAGCACUUGAAAUAAUUAAAACGCCCGAAACGCGGAGGCCGUGAACUCCUCUCCGCAGACCUCUUAAUUAAACACUCCGCUCUGCUGUUGCUGAGCAGACUUCACUCUGUGCGGCUUUCUACCCGAGAGCUGUGCAGUUCUCCUCUAUUUAUGUGCGUUUUAGGAGAAAAAUAAUAACUCUGAAAGGAUAUUAAAAGAUGUUUGUUUUUUUACUUUCAUCGUAAAUUAAAGCCUCAUUUUUUAAAUAAUUGGAGACAGAAGGAUUUAAUAAAAUUAAUAUUGGUCAGAAUCAAUAAGUAACUAAACUGGUUGAUGCAAGUGCACGGGGUGGCACAUGACAAUUAUAAAUAGGCCCAAACUAAUUUACAUGAUAUCUUUUACCACUUCUAUGGACGUUUUUUCCCCCUACAGUCAAAUUAAAAACGCUAUUUGAGUUGUUGUGCCUAUUGUAAUAUGGUUUCCAUAUUUAACAGCCCCCAAACAAUGAAAAUAAUUAAUAAUAAACUGUCAUGCAUUCUUUGAAAAAUAAUCAACAAGAGCUGGAAGCAACUUCAUCAUUAUCAUAUGAGAGACCUCAACUUUGUCUGCUCUCGCUGACCUUGAGCGCACACACACACACACACUCACACAGCUGCCAUGUCACAGGGUUCACAGCCAGGCUCCAUCAAACCUGAACCUGAGGUCACGUGAGGUCAAACAGGCCACAUGUACAUGCAUGUUUCUCUCUAAAAGCAGAGUGCCCCGAGAAGAAGCUCCAUGACAGUUUCCCGGGUGAAUGAAUUCAUUCCAUUGAAGCUCUGGCAACAAUCCAGGAGAGUGAAACUUCACCAGAGAUGUGAAACCUUGUAAAUGCCAGGAAUAGAUUAAUAGGUGAAACGCUAUCAUUAUGGGAAACAUGUAGUGUAUGAUUAGUGAACCGGGAACUGCAGCGUCUUUGUCCGUGUGCCCCACCAUCUCACAUACACAAUAAUGCAUAGUUAAAUGGAAUAACAUUUUUUUUUUAAAGAAAGGUAAGUCAUCCAUUUGUUAGUGGGAAAGAAUUUAACAAUAAUUAGGGGUUGCUCCUUUAAAUUCGCUUUGAACUCUGUUUUAUGUUCAGGCAUUUUGGGAAGUCCUAAAAGCCGAGUAUAACAACACUACUAAUACAAAUAUUAAGAUAACAAAAAAUGCCCUCAAUCCUUUUCCAAUUAAAUUUCUAACUACACAAUCAGAUUAAAUACAUCAUUUCCACACACAAAAUAUGAGUGAACUAGUCCUAAAAAAAAAAAUUAUGAAUAAUAAUAAUAAAAAUAAUAAUAGGCUAAAUAAAAGGUUAUCAAAUAUUUGUGACCGAUGCUCACCUUAUUUUCUGUGGGAACGAAUGAAAAAAGGAACAGUUUGGGUCCAUGUCUACCUCUCUCUUUAUUUCAGACUACACGUGAACAUAUUAAAAAUCUUUGGCUUGUUUCGAGUCUGCGGAGCGACGAGGAGGGAACACGUUGCGCAAUGUGAGGACACCGGGACCACAACAAAACCACCGAGAGCCGGCUGCACAUCCUAAACACCGAGAACAGACAGAAAGGACCCGGAUGAGAUAAUCAAAUACAGUUUCCUCCGUACACAGCCUCGUUGUCACUGCAGGACCCCGGCCGCCUUGGAUCAGACUCGCCAAACAAAGAGGAAGAUAAGCAGAAGUGCAUCAUGCCAGAUGAGAUGGCGCGGCCUUUAAUCCGAGGCGGGGGUGAAGGAGGAGGAUGCUCCGGGCGCCUCGAGGCCUCGCCGUCCGAUCCCGGCGCCCCGGUCGUCGGCAUCCUGGGCACGGGCGACUUCUCUCGCUCGCUGGCCAGCCGGCUGGUGGCCUCCGGCUACCGCGUGGCGGUGGGGAGUCGAAACCCCAAGCGCUCCGCGGCUCUGUUCCCCGAGGAGGCCGAGGUGACGUCCCAGGUGGAGGCCGUCGGCCUGGCCGACCUGGUGUUUGUGGCGGUGUUCCCCGAGCACCACUCCACGCUGGCGGCGCUGAAGCCGUCGCUCGCCGGCAAGACGCUGGUGGACGUCAGCAACGGGUCGAGCGUCAACCGAGACGGGCCCUCCAACGCCGAGCGGCUCGCCGAGCUGUUCCCGGAGAGCUCCGUGGUCAAGGGGUUCAACACCAUAUCGGCGUGGACGCUCCAGGUGGGACCUCGGGAUGGAAACAGGCAGAUUUUGCUGUGCGGCGACAGCUGCGCGGCCAAGAGCUCGGUGAUGCAGCUCUGCCGCCGCAUGGGCUUCGUCCCCGUCGACAUGGGCCUCCUCUCCUCCUCCCUGGAGAUCGAGAACCUCCCCCACCGCCUCUUCCCCUCCUGGCGCCUCCCCGCCCUCUGCACCCUGUGCCUGUUCGCCUUCUUCUACGCGUACAACUUCCUGCGCGACGUCCUGCAGCCCUACGUCACGGCGGGGAAGAGCGUCUUCUACAAGAUGCCCAUCCAGACCGUCAACGCCACCUUCCCCGCCGUCGCCCUGGUGACGCUGUCGCUGGUCUACCUGCCCGGCGUGUGCGCCGCGCUCCUCCAGCUGUGGCGCGGCACCAAGUACAACCGCUUCCCCUGUUGGCUGGACUGCUGGCUGACCAGCAGGAAGCAGCUGGGCCUGUGCAGCUUCAUGUGCGCGGCGCUGCACGCCAUCUACAGCCUGGUUCUCCCCUCGAGGAAGUCCGCCCACUUCAAACUGCUCAUCGAGUCCAAACAGUUGAAGGAGGAGGAGGACGUGUGGGUGGACGCGGAGGUGUGGCGGGUGGAGCUGUACCUGUCGGCGGGCAUCGUGGCCUUCGGGCUGCUCUCCCUGCUGGCCGUCGCCUCGUUGCCCUCGGUGACCAACGCCGUCAACUGGAGGGAGUUCAGCUUCAUCCAGUCCACAUUAGGUUACUGCGCCCUGUUCGUGGCCACCCUCCACGCGCUCCUCUUCGGCUGGGACCGCGCCUUCGACCCGGCCCGGUACCACUUCUUCCUUCCCCCGACCUUCGCGCUGGCCCUGGUUCUUCCCGUCGUGGCCCUCCUGGGCCGCCUGGCCCUGCUGGCGCCCUGCGUGGCCCGGCGGCUCGGGCUGAUCCGCCGCGGCUGGGAGAAGAGCCGGCACGUCCGCUUCGACCGGCCGGACGACGUCUGCUGCAACGUGCUGGAGAACGGCAGCUACGUGUGAGGGUCUCGUGGAUGUUACCGGCGGUCUCACAGGAGAUUCUUUCAACACUAUUAGGACGCUUUGAAGCUCCUCGCCGAGUUCAGAGGCGCAACAAAGAACAGCACCGCAGGACUGGUCGGACGAGCACCGACAGGAGCAGCACACGGCAGGGCGUGUCAGUUUCUCCCAGCAGUCAUGAAUGAAUCCUUUGAGCAAGCAGUGGAGGACGUGAAGGUGCUGAAGCAGCGGCCCGGCUACGGGGUCCUGGGAGACGUGUACGGCCUCUACAAGCAGGCCACGGUCGGCGACGUCAACAUCGAGCGUCCCGGGUUCUUUGACAUCGCAGGACGAGGGAAAUGGGAUGCGUGGAAAGGAAAGAAAGGUCUGUCCAAAGAAGAAGCAAAGAUCGCCUAUAUUGACCUGGUGGCGGAUCUGAAAGAAAAAUUUGGGUUCCCUGAUAUCAUGUAGCGUAUGUUUCAUCUUGUUCUCAUCGGAACUUAAAUAUUGGACACUUAUUUUGAACAGACUGUAGACGCUGCUGCACUCUUUGGAACUUUUAUUACUGUGUGAGUCAUGAUGGGUUCAGGUGCAUGAGAGCACAGCAGUCUGGAGUACUUACUGGUACUUUAAAAUGGUUAAAGCCCCACAGAAAGUGUCAAAGAAUGGCAAGACUUUGGGAAAUAACACUGAUUUGCUUUCUUGCUGAGAGCAGGAAUAAACAACAACAACCGGCUAGCCUUUAUGCUAAGCUAAGCUAAUCGUCCGCUGGCUCCAGCUUCACAUUCAGCCUCCAGACGUUAAAGAAUGGUAUCGAACUUCUCGUCUCACUCACGGCAACAACGUGAAAAGAUGUGUUUCCUAAAAUGUUUAACGAAUGCUUUAAAGUGCGAACACCAUGUACGUUCACGUUUAAAUAAAGAGCAUCUGUUUACAGGA